UACACAAGCACCUCACUUGCUUAUAUAAACAUACAUACACACCAACAGAUCAUAUCAUCACAACUGCAAAACCAGACAACCUAGCUAGCUUAGCUUGCUGCAACCUCUGUUGUUUUUCCUUAAAUAAAUAUAAUAACCAAAUCUGUUAGUUUCUUCUUCAUUUUCCAAUUAUAAGCAAACAGCCAUGGCCGCCGCCCAAGAUUCUACUUCUUCCCCCAACACCACUGCUUACCAUCAUGGGACUGGAAAUUCUUCUGAGCUGUCCCCACUGCAAAAGCAUGUAGUGUUCUUCGAUAUCAACAAGGAUGGCAUCAUUUAUCCAUGGGAAACUUAUCAAGGUUUUCGAAAAAUUGGAUGUGGGGUGCUUCUCUCAAUUUUUGCAUCCGUGUUUAUAAAUUUAGGUCUCAGUCGAAAAACUCGACCGGGAAAGUGGCCAUCCCUUCUCCUCCCUAUUGAGGUGAAAAACAUCAAACUCGCCAAACAUACUAGCGAUUCUGGCGUCUAUGAUUCCGAAGGAAGGUUUGUUGAAUCAAAAUUUGAGGAGAUAUUCAAGAAACAUGCAAAAGCAAAUGCUAAUGGUUUAACAUCAGAGGAAUUGGAUGAAAUGCUCAAGGCAAAUAGGGAGCCAAAGGACUAUAAAGGAUGGGUUGGUGCAUUGUCAGAGUGGAAGAUACUAUACCUCCUAGGCAAAGACAAGAAUGGGAUUUUGCACAAAGAAACUAUAAGAGGAGUUUAUGAUGGAAGCCUGUUCGAAAUAAUGGCCAAGGAGCAUGCAUCUAAGAAGCAAGUCUAAUUGAUUUUUUUUUUAAUCCUUGAUCUUCUGUUUUUACUAGAACAUGAAUUUAAUGAAAUGAACUUGAAGAAUUGUUUGAAUACU